CUGUGAAGACUUAUUUUCCCAACAUCAAGAACUACUUAAGCAAGAGGUAGGCAGACGUCAAACUGCAGUGAGAAUGGAGACAGCAGUGGACGAGACAAUGGACCAAGUCACACAUUAUAAUCCACUGUUUGACGUGUCGCUGAGCAGGAGCGAGCGCUACAGCUUCCAGCAAGACGAUCUGAAAGCAGCCCCGUCCAGAAGACAGUGGAGUUUUACGAUGAUAAUUAUCUGUGUCAUCUUACAGACAGCGCUUGAUGCCUUUCUCAUUUAUAAAGUUGUGUUGGAAGCGAGUCCUGCGUCACAGAGGGGAACGUCUCAUCAUAGCUUCCUCAGCGACAUCGACCUUGACCUCGACCUUCUUAUCCAGAACAGCAGCCAGGAGGCCCAGAGCCUGAAGAGCCACUUCUGGCUUUUGCAUAACCAGGUCAAGAGUCUGUGUGGUGAGGAAGGUCAGCUACAAAGAUUCAGGGCUGAACUGAACUGGCUCAAUACCAGCAACCAAAACCUGGAAAACAAACUAACAAACAUUCAAAUCAAAACAGGCCCACCGGGUCCAACCGGACGACCUGGACAACAAGGUCCGAAAGGGGAGAGAGGCCCAAAGGGGGACAGUGGGGUUCCUGGCCCUUCAGGCCCAAAGGGUGAAACGGGACUCAAAGGGGGAAAAGGAGAACAGGGAGCCGCUGGUGAAGUUGGUCACACAGGUUCAGCAGGGAAUCCAGGAGUACCAGGCAAUAAGGGGGAGCCAGGAGACUUAGGAGCCCCAGGCCCUCGUGGAGAAAAAGGUGACUCUGGAAUGUCUGGACAGAAAGGGGACUCUGGAUUGCCUGGUUCACCUGGAUUAAAAGGACAAAAAGGAGACCCUGGAAGUGUUGGUCCUCGGGGACCCCCAGGUGCGAGAGGACCUGUUGGAUUUAAUGGGACUCAGGGUCCACCGGGACUGCAAGGAGAAAAGGGCGAGUCAGGAAAACAGAUCAAAGUGCGUCUAGUGCCUGGAAAAACCAGAGGACGAGUGGAAGUCAUGCACAAUGACAUCUGGGGGACCAUUUGUGACGACAGCUUUGGAACUUUAGAUGGGAGAGUGAUCUGUAAGAUGCUUGGGUUCCAGUCUGUUGUGUCCACCUUCACUGCGACCCCAGGUACCGGGAAGAUCUGGUUGGACGAGCUGCACUGCACAGGAGCAGAGACUGACAUCUUUGACUGUCCACACAGUGAAGUUGGUGUUCACAACUGUAAUCAUGAUGAGGACGUGGGAGUCCAAUGUACAUAAAGGCAGAAGAGAGAUCAAACUGUGCAAAAGUUAACUUUGUAGCCCUUAUGUUAGACUGAAAUUUAUCACAUUAUUUCAUGUUUUUCUUUCCAGUCAUGUCGCUUGAGUUUUACACUAUUGGACCAAACCUUCAGAGACACUAUCUUCUUGGAAUAGGUCCCAUAUUAUGCAUGAAAAAUCUGCCCCUGCAAUUGGCUAAACGUAACAUCUGACCUUCUUGGGUAUAUUGAUCAUUCAUCAAAUUAUAUAUUACACCAGAGCCAGCCCAAAGCAGAAGCAAACCAAGCAUCUGCUUAGAGAUCCUGGGCCGCUAGGGGGCCCCCUAAGUGAAACAGAUUUUUGAUGAAUAAAAACACAUAAUUCAUCACAAAGUUACAAUAUAAAAUAAAUAAAUAAAUUGCUCUUGGGGCCCCCCUGGAGGCCGAUGCAGAUACCACACUGAACGGUAAUAUGAGCUGCUGUGCAGAGUACAUCCAAACCUCUAAAGCAUCGGCAGAAGAUAAGUUAUAGAAACAAUUUCACAAAAAAUGAUUUAUCCUUCAGGGAGAGAGAAAAAUGAGAAGAAUAAAGAAAAAGUCAAGAUAAAGGUUUGUUUUAAUGUGUCUAAUGUUUAUCAGAAAGAUUUUUGGAGCUUCUAAUUGAAAAUUAGCUUGAUAGCACAAAUGUUUGUAUUUGUGUGAAGCUAAGUUUUAACUUUAAAUGAGUUUAUUCUCCUGAUUGACCCUGGAUGUUUCUGAGGGUUUUUUUUUUUUUUUUUGCAAAACAUGUUUGACAACAAUAAUUCAAACUUCUCAAUGUUUGAUAUUGUCUAGCAAAAUGUUUUCCCAUCAGGCUACAUGGCUACUGCAUUAAUAAAUCGAUGAGUUGCUCUAA